UGUUUAUUCAUCUGUCUUUUAUAUAUCAUUUUAUUGAACUAUAAUCAUACAAAGGUAUAAGGCAUUUCGUUCCAUCUUCCUAACCUUUUACACCAAGUGGAUAGGUUCCUAAGCAUAGCGGUUCACCAUCCCCCUCUCUCCCUUUAGUCCAUUCAGAAUGAUAGGUUCUCUCAACAUGAAGACUUUGCGCUGGUCAGCUUUGGCAGCUGGUUUAGGCGUCGGUUGGUUGGAAUAUCGGAGUCAUGCCAAAUGCGAAAAGCAACAUGCAAUUGAGCAUCAAUAUCAUCAACAGCAAGCUUUGAUUGAGGAUGCCAAGAAAGCUUAUGCUCGUAGCAAGCAGCCCUUACAACCUCCAGUCGAGAGUCCAUUGACCUUGGAUGAAGAUAAUUUGGAAGCCUACUUAGUUCAACUUGAAAAAAGCGCUUAGGUGGACAUAAUCUUUUGGCAAAAAAGUCGUCGGUUGCCGUAGAGAAGUUAUUCAAGCAGACAAUAGUGUCUUGACUAAAUGAAUUCCAGUUAACUAAUAUCACACGCAAUUGGAUAAUUGUAAAUUCCGUUCAUCGCAUUUCAUGUUGAGAUAACUAAAUUAUUAUUAAUGAUAGUAUUAAGAA